AUAACACAAACUCAAUUAACCAAUUUAUAUACUUUCACUCAAUAAACCAAUUUUGUGCUUGCAUCUAAUUUUCUGACCCUUGCUAUAUAACCAACUAUAGCUAUGAAUCCUCCAAAUUCACAAUCAAAUUAUGCACAACCACCAUACAAUCAGGCACCAGCCACCGGUUUCCCGGUGUCCGCCGGCUACCACCACCAACAACCUAAAGCCAACCAGGAAUGGUCCACUGGUCUCCUUGACUGCUUCUCCGAUUGCAAAACCUGUUGCAUAACAUAUUGGUGUCCAUGCAUCACCUUUGGCCGAAUUGCUGAGAUUGUUGACCAGGGAUCAACAUCUUGUGCUUUAAGUGGAGCAGUAUAUACACUGAUUUGUUGUUUGACGGGUUGUGGAUGUUUGUACUCAUGCAUGUAUCGUAACAAAAUGAGACAUCAAUACAUGCUCAACGAUACACCUUGUUGUGAUUGCUUAGUUCAUUGGUGUUGUGAAUCAUGUGCUUUGUCUCAAGAAUAUCGUGAGCUUCAAAAUCGUGGAUUUGACAUGGAACUUGGUUGGCAUGGAAAUGUGGCACAAGGGAGUAGGGGAGUAGCCAUGGCACCAACAGCUCCACCGGUUGUACACAUGAGUCGUUAAAGUUAGGAUUUGUGUUUAGCUACAAUAUAGUAUUGCAGUCGUAGAGAUCACUAGAUUUAAAUUUAUAAAAUGAGAAAUCUCUGAACUUUGUUUCUCUAUUUAAAUCUAAUUGUCCAUACAACUGUAGCACUAUAUUGUACUUAUAAAGAAUUUAUAAGUCCCUCUUUUUUUAAAAAAAAAUUAUUAUGAUUAAUUAUUUGAAUAAAUAUUUUUAGUUAUGUAUUGGCUAUUCAAUACAUAAAGACAUAUUAUUGUAUUGCUCUUUUCGUCUGUGAGUAAUUAAGUUGAUAUGAGUGUUUUAAGUGUU